AUGUCCUUGAGCCCAAAGCACUCAACUCCUUUCUCAGUGACAGAUAUUUUAAGCCCGAUCGAGGAGACCUACAGAAAGUUUGGAGGCAUGGACAGUACAGGAAACCUCGCAUCUUCUCUGUGCGCAUACCGACAAACUCAGGUGUCUCAAACCGGCAUGCAGCAGCACUCCAUGGGCCAUAACACCGGAGUGGCGAGCGCCUAUCACAUGCCACACAGCGUCUCUCAAUUUUCCAGUGCCAUAGGAGGCUACUGCAACGGAAGCAUCGGUAAUAUGGGAGACCUCCCGUCUUACCAAGACACCAUGAGGAACGGCGCAGCAGCAACUGCAUGGUAUAACGCAAACCCCGAACCACGCUACCCAACAAGUAAGUUGAACAAGUAGCCUAUUAUUUUUGUUACUUUUAAGAAAUGCUAAAUGCAAUUAGUUUGCGAUAAUUUAUUGUAAACUACAACUUGAAAUGGUGCGUAAUUGCAUUCCGCACCACGAUUUAAUACAUUAAAAAUAUUUUAACUAAGCCUGUAUCUAAUACUCAUUUAACUUAGCCUGUAUCUCUGUGCUAUUAAAGUUUCUAGAUUCAUGGGAGCUUCCACUGGGAUGAACAUGACCGGGAUGGGGACCUUGGCAGGGAUGGACGCCACCAAAUCCAUGGUCACCUUACACUCUGCGCCCAGGAGAAAACGACGGGUGCUGUUCUCUCAAGCCCAGGUGUACGAGCUGGAAAGGCGGUUUAAGCAGCAGAAAUACCUGUCGGCGCCCGAGAGGGAACACCUGGCGAGCAUGAUCCACCUGACGCCGACCCAGGUCAAAAUUUGGUUCCAGAACCACAGGUACAAAAUGAAACGCCAGGCAAAGGACAAAGCGACCCAGCAGAUUCAACAGGAGAAUGGCAACAUGUGCCCACAGCAACAGUCACCGAGGCGGGUAGCAGUCCCGGUUCUCGUGAAGGAUGGCAAACCCUUCCAGAACGGCUCAAGCACACCGACGUCUGGGCAUCAGCAGGUGCAGCAGCAGCAGAACGUGUCCGGUGGGGCGAUGACAGCUUCGGCCAGUGCGGUGGUCAAUCACCAGGUGAAUCAUCCGUUAUCCUCCGCCGAAGAACUGGAGGAAAUGUCCCCCAGUUCCCCUAUUCUACACAGCCAUAUUCACAUGGCUCAGACAGACGCGGCUCUCAUCGAAUACACCAAUAACAUGGUCAGUUCAAACCUGCUUUAUGGCAGAACUUGGUAG